AUUUUCUUCUCCUCCAAUGUUCAAUGGAGAGAAUUAUGAUUUCUAGGCUAUUAGAAUGAAAGCCUUCCUCAAAGGGAAUGAUUUCUGGGAAGUCAUCGAGCAUGGUUUCCAACUUCCUUUUCCACAAGAAAACCCAACAGUGGCACAAAUGAAGAGAAACGCAGAGUAUAAUGUAGGUACAUACAGAGCACUUUCUUUUCUGCAUAAUGCAGUGGCAAAUGAUAUUUUCCCCAAAAUUGCAUCUUGCCAAAAUGCACAUGAAGUCUGGGAAGCACUUAAAGAAGAGUAUGAGGGGAGUGCUAGAGAUAAAAGUGUGACACUGUUAACUCUCAAACGAGAGUUCAAAUUGUUGAAGAUGAAGGAAACUGAUACAAUACGUCAGUAUUCUUCAAAAUUAGUUGAUUUGGUCACUCAAAUUCGAAUGCAGGGAGAGAGAUUUCCUGAUUCACGAGUGGUCGAUAGGAUGUUGGUUAGUCUUCCUGAUAGAUUUGAACCUAAAGUUGCUGCAAUUGAAGAGUCUUGUGACUUGAGUAGGCUUUCCGUUAAAGCACUCAUUGGAAAAUUGCAAGCUCAUGAAAAAAGACUUGCAAUGAGAUCUGAGGAAAGUGUUGAAGGAGCAUUUCAAGCUAAGCACAAGGGAAAAUAUUUAGUUGCAAGAUCAGAUUGGCAGCAAGAAGCUAACAAAGUGGAGAAAGGCAAACACCAAGCUGAAUGUUCUAGAAAUUUUGACAAGAGAGACAAAUUUCCUCCUUGUCCAAACUGCAGAAGGACAAAUCACCUUGAAAAAGACUGUUGGCACAAAGGAAAGCCACGGUUUUAUUGUAAGAAUUGCAAGAAACAUGGCCAUACAGAAAAAUUCUGCAAAGCUAAUCAAGUGCAGUACAGGCCUAAGCAAGUGCAGCAGGCUAAUUUCAUAGAAGAUCAGAAUGAGGAAGAUUAUAUGUUUGUGGCUAUGCAUAGUUGUUUUGUGACUUUAGAGGAUUCAUGGUAUGUUGAUAGUGGUUGUACAAAUCAUAUGGUCAGAGAUGUGAAGCUGUUUACAAAGCUGGACAGGUCUAUUCGAACAAGAGUCAGACUUGGCAAUGGUUAUGUAGUGCAAGCAGAAGGCAAGGGUAAUGUCUCAAUUCAAACUAAGGAAGGCAUUAAAACUAUCACUGAUGUUCUGUACAUUCCUAGUUUGAGUCAAAACUUGCUAAGUGUUACACAAUUAAUGAAGCAUGGAUAUUCUGUACAUUUUAAACAAGAUGUAUGUCAGAUUUUUCAUUUGCAUGGUUCUGAGGUUGCUAAUGUGAAAAUGGUGGAUAAUAGCUUUCCUCUAAUGUGGAGUGAUGUUAAGCAGCAUGUUCUGAUUUCUAAAGAAGAUGAGACUACCUUGUGGCAUAGGAGAUAUGGUCAUUGCAAUGUUAAAACUUUGAAGUUUUUGCAAUCUUCUCAACUUUCACAAGUAUUCUCUGUUUUUAAGAAGUUUAAAGUGCUGGUGGAGAAGCAAAGUGGCUGCCAACUUAGAAUCUUGAGGUCAGAAAAUGGAAAGGAAUAUACUUCCAAGGAGUUUGAUGUUUUUUGUGAGGAACAUGCUAUAAAUCAUCAAUUAACAGUUAAGUAUACACCACAGCAAAAUGGUGUUUCUGAGAGAAAAAAUAGAACAGUGAUGGAAAUGGCUAGAAGCAUGCUUUUUGAGAAGAAUUUGCCUAAGAAGUUUUGGGCAGAGGCAGUGCAUACUGUUGUUUAUUUGCUAAAUGGUCUUCCAACUAGAGCUGUUGAAGGUAAAACUCCUAUUGAGGCUUGGUUUGGACUUAAGCCUUCAGCUUAUCAUUUGAAGGUUUUUGGUUCCAUAUGUUAUAUGCAUGUUCCAGCAACUAGAAGAACCAAGUUGGAUGAGAAAGUUGAGAUGGGAAUUCUAGUUGGUUAUGCAGCACAGUCAAAGGGGUACAGAAUUUAUAAUUUGCAGUCUCAAAAAAUGGAAGUGUAUAGAGAUGUUUUAGUUGAUGAAUUUGCUUUUUGGAGCUGGGAUGAUAAGAAAAUUAUUAAGGAGUCUUCUUCUCAGUUAAAUGAAGACUUUAAUGUUGAACAAAGUGCAGCUGCUACUUCUAGACACCAAAAUGUUGCUGAAACUGAUCAUGACUCACCACCUUUGAAGGUAAAGUCACUUGAGGAUGUGUAUGCUAGAUGCAAUUUGGCUACUUUUGAUCCAACUUGUUUUUUUGAGGCUUCAAAAUAUGAUGAAUGGAUGGCUACUAUGAAAGAAGAGCUGGCUAUGAUUGAAAAGAACAAAACUUGGUCACUUUGUCCUAGACCAGAAGAAGUGGUUGCCCAAUCUACUGCUGAGGCUGAGUAUAUUUCAGCUGUGGAAGCUUCAAAUCAUGCUAUAUGGUUGAGGAAAAUGCUAUCUGAUAUGGGGCAGCCUCAGUUUGAUCCUAGUUUGAUUUAUGUGGACAAUACUUCAGCUAUUGCAAUUGCUCAAAAUCCUGUGCAGCACAAGAGGACUAAGCAUGUUCAUGUCAAGUAUCAUGUAAUUAGGCAGUACAUCAAGAACAAGCAAAUUCAGUUGCUUCAUUGUAGUUCAGAUGUACAACUUGCUGAUAUUCUUACUAAGUCUUUGCCAAAACAGAGGUUUGAGAUGCUGAGAGAGCAGCUUGGAGUUACCAGACUUGCUCUCAAGGAGGAGUGUUAGCGUGUGAGAUCAAGUCUUUAAUGUGGCAGUUACAUUUAGUUUAUUUUACUUAGUGGUGGAGCAGUUUCUUUUUAGUUGGUAACUUCUUUUCAUUUUCAGCAACUGUUAUGUAUAACCUUCUUUCUUUAAAACGUGUGUGUAUGUCCGCUGUUAUUUUCUGAAAUAUAUCAGAUACUGUUCA